CUUCUUAACCGGGGCGCCGAUAUUAAGGCUGCGGAUUUAUCUGGCCGGACGCCGCUGGUAUGGGCCGCCGCGAACGGGCAUGAGGCUGUUGUGCGGCUGCUUCUUAACCGGGGCGCCGAUAUUGAGGCUGCGGAUUCAGAAGGCUGGAUGCCGCUGUUGUGGGCCGCUGCAGAGGGGCAUGAGGCCGUUGUGCGGCUGCUUCUUGACCGGGGCGCCGAUAUUGAGGCUGCGGAUUCAGAUAGCUGGACGCCGCUGUCAAGGGCUGCUGCAAACGGGCGUAAGGCCGUUGUGCGGCUGCUUCUUGACCGGGGCGCCGAUAUUGAGGCUGCGGAUUCAGAUAGCUGGACGCCG